CAGCAGAAGCAGCCGAGCCCAGCCGAGCCAGAGAUUCGUAAACAUCCCUAUCAGCAGCGCCACAUUGAGCGGCGGUGAACAGCAGCAGCAGCAGCAGCAGCAGCGGCGGCGGCGGCAUUGAAUUGGCAGCAUCAGCGUGUAGGCUCAGUCCACACUCCACAGUCAGCGCUCGCAUCGUCGCCGUAGCUCGCCAAACCUUGACUGACCGGAAGCAAGAGCGCAUGAGGCUUUAUCCAGCUGCAGUUCGUGCCCCCUGAAGCUGUCUCCAGUCGGCCUCGCGUCAGUGCCUGUGCAUAUAGCUAUAGACAUAGCUACAAGUGAAAACAAAGCAGUGAGUGUGCCCUCGCCGUAUAUCGAAUCGAACAGUCUCGCGCGGCACGAUAUAUAUGUUGUUGUGUGCGUCGUCGUGUUCGUGUAGCAGUGCAAACGGCGUGAAGUGUGCCGCAGCCGAGUUAGCUGCCGCCCGCCGCCUGCUAGCCGCCGCAGUCGCAGCAGUGCUGUGUACAUAUAAAUGGCGACUGACGAAAAAUGGUACUUCACGAAGGAACAGCUUGCAAAUACCCCGAGCAGAAAAUGCGGUAUCGACGCCGAUAAGGAGUUGAGCUACCGCCAGCAAGCGGCCAAUUUCAUCCAGGACAUGGGACAACGGCUCGUCGUAUCGCAACUAUGUAUCAAUACAGCGAUUGUAUAUAUGCACCGCUUCUACGUUUUCCACUCGUUAUCGCAGUUCCACAGGAACUCGAUAGCAGCGGCAGCUCUGUUUCUUGCAGCAAAGGUGGAGGAGCAACCAAGAAAGUUAGAACAUGUCAUCAAAGUGGCACAUAUGUGCCUUCACAGAGAUACACCCCCUCUUGACACAAAGUCUGAGCAAUAUUUGGAACAAGCUCAAGACUUGGUAUUCAAUGAAAAUGUUUUGCUGCAAACUCUAGGGUUUGACGUUGCUAUUGACCAUCCGCACACACAUGUUGUUAGGUGUUGUCACCUAGUGAAAGCAAGCAAGGACUUAGCCCAGACAUCAUACUUCAUGGCAUCUAACAGUUUGCAUUUGACGACAAUGUGUCUUCAAUAUAAACCGACCGUCGUAGCAUGUUUCUGUAUACACUUAGCGUGUAAAUGGUCAAACUGGGAAAUACCUCAAAGUAAUGAAGGGAAAUACUGGUUCUGGUAUGUCGACAAGUCAGUGACGUCCGAAUUAUUGGGACAACUCACUGGAGAAUUUUUGCACAUAUUCGAUAAGUGUCCUUCAAGGCUGAAGCGCAAAAUCCGGAGUAUAUCGGCAAACCAAAGCCCCAAUAUGAAUCACCCAGCGCUCUCCAAUUCACCAUUUGAUGCUGAACCACGUAAAGUGCAAUCUCCGGCAAAUGCUGAUGGUAGCCUCUCCUUCCAAUCAAGUCGACCGUUCCAUCCCGAUGUCAAAUCGGAGACCGAUGCUAGCAAAAGGCCCAGUUCGUCAAUGUCAGGUCGCUCAUCCGUUGACUACCGGGAGUAUCGCGAGAAAAAAGAGCGGGCGGAACGCGAGCGCGAGAAAACAUCUGCUGCCUCACACUCUUCGUCGAAUACCUCGCUCAACGCGGAUCCCAGCAAACACCAUUCGCACCACCACAAGCAAAGUUCAUCUGCUAACGUGCCUAGUAAGCAUUCAAGCUCAUCGUCCUCCUCGAGCAGCAUUAAACAAAAUGUGCACCACAACCACCACCAUAGUUCACGACAAGAUGUCAAAUCCUCCUCACAAAUAAUGCAGCAGAGGCAUUCUACAAGCGGUAGUAGUGGCAGCAGUCAACCUCGUGAUCCUAACAGGGACCGACAAAGAAUUCCUAGGGAGUACAACUCGUCAAGUAACACAAGCGGUGGAACCGUCUUCUCGCAUCAUAGCCUUGACAACUCACUCGAAUCUGCCCUCAACAACAUCUCUCAAGACUCGUCUACCGUCCACCCACCCGAAAAAUUAAGCAACAGUGUGCACAAGCCCCACGAUGGUCGUGGAAAUGACUUGAGGCACAACAGCAAACCUCAGCAGUCACAGCAGCAGAAGGAUGCAAAGCCUUACUCUAAGUACCCUGAUUCGGCGUCUGCGACGUCGAGAUCGUCCUCGGCCUCGUCUUCAAAGAAGCCGGAUAUUUUUGAGCAACGAAGCGAGGAAGUGCGUAAACUCAUAGAGAAGCCGCUGCCUCCUGUGAAGCCAAGAGCGGAGGUACAAAAAGAGGAGUAUGCGGCGAUGAUGCUUAAACAAUCGCAUCAUCCGUCCAAGUAUGGACAUCAGCCGGAAAAGCCGUUGCCUAAUGCCAAUUCUACGCAGUCAUCGGAGUCCAAGAUGUUAAACCUCGGCCAAACUGCGUUUAGCAUAGAGAAGUCGCCCAGCGCUCCUGUUUCAGCUUCUCAGAUCUCCCAAAAGUCCAUGUCGGUCUCUAAGAGCAGCAGCAGCAACAGCAAUCUACCAGUAAAAAAUGGUAGCUCAUCCUCAGCAUCCUCGUUAGGUCUUAUUAACAAUCUUGAUGACAUUAAGACGGAAAAGAAGCCAAGAGGGUAUCUGACUGCACCAGUUGGAGAUUCCGACAAUACCGGUUUGCAAAAUCCGCCUCCGCCACUCACAAAACACAGAUCGCUUUUUAGCCCCGAGAAGACGCCGACUCCAACGCCUGCAAGUUCGAGAGAAUCCUCUCACUCGCGAGCACUCAAACAAAAACAGAGGAGCUCACCGGCUGUGCCAAAGCAGGACUUGCCGUCUUUCACCAGUCCUAACGCCAUGCAGCUGACACCGGAACUGCCGCAUCUCAAGUCACAGAGGCUAUCGAACAGCGUCAAUACAAUGUCUACCUCCUUGCAAAAGCAACAUCGUACACAAAAUAAUGCCGAUACCGUCAGUCUAGAUCAAGAAUCGAAGCAGCAACUGCAGAUGCUCGAGGCGCACUCGCGCAGGUUCAUUUCGAGUUUCGAUUUGAAUGAACAGUCAUCCGGGUUGCCUGAUCUCAUGCAACCCGCCAAAGAUAACAAGAGUGUCACCGAUGUCAAGCCACCGCCAGAACUGGUAAAGUCAUUUGAGAAUACAGACCAGAUGCUAAUGUCCAAUCAGAGGCACAAGCCGCAACAACAGCAUCACGGUUUGAAUAAUGGCCUUGAUGGAGUCUCCGCAAAAGAAUACUCGACGAUAGAUCCAUCCAGCUUUCGUUUCAAUUCAGAGUUGCCAGAUGAACUUCUUAGUACUGAAAUGCCCUCAGACUUUAUGUUCAUGAAACCAGAACCUAAAAUGAGCGACUUCUUGUCGCUCCAAGACAAGGUACUGGAGAUAAGGCAGGAAAGCUUUUCUCCACUUAAAUCGGCGCAAAGCAUCAACGCCCUGUUGCAAGAGCCUCUAACACUUAUGCCCUCUCUGCUUCAUGAUCAGCAUCAGCAGACUCGUGAUGAUGACAAAUCAUCGCUACAAACACAACUACAGCAGCAGCAGCAGCAACAAGUACUUCCCGAGCUUCCUCUACCGUCGACCGUAGACAUGAGUGACCUGACUGGCCCUGUUCAGUGCAUGGUCGACAUUCCUGUGACAACCGCGACAGCGCCGAUCGUCCCCGUAGAGUCUGCACCAGCGGUUAGCACGGCGCCGGCGACGCAGGAGGAGAAGAAGUCUGAGCAUCGUAGCAAGAGCGAGAAGAAAAAAAAAGAAAAGAAGCACAAACACAAGGAGAAGGACAAGUCAAAAGACAAACACAAGCACAAGCACAAGGACAAAGACAAGGAGAAGGAGAAGCAUCAUCGUGAUAAGAGUGACAGGGAGAAAGACAAUAAGACUGAAGAGGGCAACGGCAGUGCAACGAGCGGGAAUCCUUCGCUCGGCGCCGUACCCAUCAAAAUCACUAUACCCAAGGACAAACUCAAUCUGAGCUGUGACUCUAUUGGCACCUCGUCCUCCUCAACAACCAGCAGUAGCCUCAAGAUUAAGAUACCGAAAGAGCGGUUGAAGGUCAACGAGGUCUCUCAGCAGCAACCGCAGAUGCAGUCGCAAAACAUGUUGCCCCAACAGGCUCCACUCAAGAUCAAGAUCCGGACUGACGCUCUGGCCAGGAGCACAAGCGAUCUACAAGAAAACAGCAGUAGAAAGCGCGAACGUGAAGUGACGGAAUCACCUAUUGGAGCGCCACCGGCCAAGAAACAGCAGCCGAUGCAGAUGCAACAACGUCCGAACGAGCGACAAAACGGCCGGCAUAACUCUUACGGUCCAGGAAGCACAGACAAGCCGGACCGAUAUUACGAAGCCGUCAAUGUUAAAACGGAUUCGGGUGAAGCCGUCGAGGGACUGACGAGGAAAUUUGUACCUACGAGCUACGGGUGAUCGAAUGACGUACACGUGAAACGGAACGUUCGAACGUCGACGAGAAACAGAGAAAAGACAGAGAGAAAAAGAGAUUACAAACAUAUAACGUUACUGUGACGUUAUAGUAAAACAAAGCAAAAGCAAACACACUUAGGAUUAAAAAAUGGUCGUCAGUCAAGUGAGGGGCGACGUACCUGGAGCUAAUCAGCAAUAAAUGUAUUUGCUCCAGAGGUCCACCCGCACUGAAAGUCAGCCCCGAGCAAGCAAGUGCAGUUGUGCUGCGUCUCUCCUGCCAGCUCCGUCUCUAUUGUUGUUCUGUUGUAUAGGAGUUAAACCGAUGAGAGCAAAGUUGCAAAGAAAAAGUUGUGUAUGAAUUAGAAGCAAACAAAUAAGAAAAGCGUACGACAUAUGCAUAUAUUUUGCGGGUGCAUUCCUUUACCUCUUCUAGAGGAGAAUAAGAGAGCGAGAGAUAGAUUUUGUGAGAGUAUGAAAGGGAACGAGUUUUGCCUUAUGUUGAUAUAGCUGCGCUAUUUUCGAUGUGUGAAAAUACGAUGCUCGUGUUGUGUAAUUUAACAAGAAAAGAAAAAAAGCUAAUACAUAAAGUAGAGGUUAGUGAGUACAAUUGAGCACAAGAGUAGCGAGAUACCGUAAAAGAAGGAAAAAGAAACAAAGUCAUUAAGUUUUAGGUGCAAAUGUUUUUUUUCUUCUGCUCGUUCUUAACGAUCGAUGUUAUGUUAAGAGUGUGCGGGAUGGCGGAAAUAACUAACGAUAAAUCCGAGAGUUUAAUACCAAAUGAGAGUUUUGUUAAAUAAAACAAGCUGAUAAUGUUUGUUUUUAAGUUCGUCUCCGGGUAUAUUUAUUAUAACUUUUUCUUUUGUUCUAAUUUCUAAUUUUCUUCCUCGUUUCAAGACGCGAGCGAAAUGACUUCUGUACUCGAUAGUCUUAAUACUUGCUGCGAGUAUUAAUUCUUCAUAGCAGAGGUGCCCCAUAUACAUGUUACUUACAAGUAGCCUGCGUAUUUUAUUAAGAAAAUAAACAACCAUCAACUGAACAAAGCGUUACGUAUUAGGUUGCGGUCAAGUAGUGAACAACUACAAGACGCAAAUGUCUUUGAAAGCAUCUUAAAAACUUAAACGAAUGUUUUAUUUCUCUGUACAUAGAUUCAUUUGUUUGUAUAAAUAUAAACGUGUGUAUAUAAGCAAACAUUAUUGUCAUUUGUAUCAAGAACUGAUUACCAUUCACACAAUUUAAAAGCCUGACGUUUUUAAGUAAUUAAAAAACAAGUGCAUCAUUUUUCUUUGUGGUUGCUAGGAAUAUUAUCUAUAACUUUCGACUUUUCGACUGACUGCAAAUGACUAUCACAAACCUAAAUAAAACUAAAUAUUAGAUAGAAAAAAAAUAUUUGUCUUGUUUUUCAUUCUCAAGGGAAAUUUUAUUCUGAGAUCAUGAUUGUUUGAAGAUCGUUUUUCAUUACAUUGAAAUCAUAGACCAUUGUUAUUUGGUCAAUGUUAACUUGAAAUUAUUAAUGACAAAUUUGUAUUUUUUAAAUUUUUAUUAAUCUUCAUUAAUAUCUCGUGAACAUAAAUAUUGUUUAAGCAUAUAUGAUACACUUUUCAGUCAUAAUUCUUUUUAGAGGCCUAUACAAAUAAAAAUGCAACGUUUUUAUUAUCCUUUUUGAUCGAUCAUUGUUAUAUUAUCCCAUUUUCUGCCUAAAGUGGCGACAGAAUUGUUAUAUUUAUAAGUAAUCGUAAAAAGCACUGUAAAUAGAAAUUUAAACAACGUAAGACGGAUUCACAUAUUGAAAAAUGAUAAAUCCAUGAAUAAGUGAAUACCAAUUCAAGUGUUACAAAUAGAUUGAAAAAGAAAAACUAAUGCAUUGUGAUUGAAUUACAUUUUUCACUGAUAACGGUAAAUAUCAAUGAGUAAAAAUAUUUUAAACUGUAAAUAAAAACUCAUGUAUAACCGAUGGCUGAAUAGAUGCCGUUUUUGCAAUUCACAGUGGAGAUAAAACAAUUAAACUACCUUUAUAGAAUUAUUUGUAAUUCUAAAAUGAUUUUUUCAUAAAAAUACGUACGUUAAGUAACAAAUUUUGCAUAAAAACACAAAAAAACUUGAAAAAAUGAAGUACGCGUAAUUAUACUCUUAAAAUCUUUCGGGUUUGUUACAAUACAUAUAGUGUUGGUGAAUUAAAAGGCAUAUGCAAAAAAUAAAAAGAAAAAAUGACGAGUGUGAUGGAGUAAGCGUAAGAAGUUUAGGCACUUAAAUAUAAAAACACACCAAUCACGUACCACUAUAUGUAAGCAUAUAUUCACACAGGAGGCGAUGACUUUUUACUUUUGCGAAUCUCGACAUCGGGAACACAGUGGGAAAGGAAAACAUGUAGUUUUGUUUGCCUUUGAUGAUUGCGCCGAACUAAUCGUAUAUAUGAAUACAUUAUGUAUAGAUAAAACAUGAAACAAGUCAAGAAGACAACUCGACCCACUCAUUACAGACGCAAAAACUUAAUAGCUGAUCUAAAGACAAGUGUCAAUGACAUAGAAAUCAACACUACGAAUUUCCCGGUUAAUCCCCAUCGCGGUUCGUCUUUGUCGCUGGCGUUGAUAUCUCUCGAGAUUUAUUUUCGUAAAUAUGAAGUAAAAGAGUAAAGAGAGAAAGAGAGAGAGAGAGAGAGAGAGAGAGAGAGAGAGAGAGCCACGAAGAAGAGCCGCAGAUGAGCGGAUUGCGCGGCGUUCGUCAAGUGUUCGUUUUAUCAUAAUGAGUAGAUUCUGUUGUGAUGAUGAAUUAUAACGAUGACGAUGGAUAAAAAAGCAAAAAGAAAAACAAACGAAAAAAUACUGUUCAAAACUGAAAGUUUUAAUAGCGAAUUUGUAUCUAGAAUACGAAUAAUCUAUCUAGCGAAUUGAAAUGCCAGUAAAGCCGCAGCUUCGUUGUAGUGAAGUGCCAACUGGACGGACUAGUUUUUAUUUAUAUUACCUCUUUCAAUUUAUAUUAUUUUAGUAAUUUUAUCUGUUUUUAUUUUCUUCUUCGUAUAUUUGCCUCUUUUUUCUUCUUUCUCGCGACUAAACGUAUGUCCAAGCGUACGUUGUUUACUACGUAUAGUUCAUUUUUCUUUAAUUUUUAAUUAACACGUAUUCAUACCGAAAUACUUGUUAAGGUGAAUAGUGUAAGAGGACAAGCUUGCACUUCGUGCAAGACACCGGCGCAAUACAUUAAUUGUGCUCGAUUGAUGUGCGAUCGGCUGUAAAAGCCGUGAAGGUGAAGUGACAAAAUAACGAAAAAAUAGUACUUUAUAGCAUAGUAGACUUAAUCGCCUCGAUCGACUCUUUGAACGUCGCAACUAGAAUUUUUAACGUAUACUCUUAUAAAGCGGACUGUUUCAAGUUUUUAUUACUCUUUCUUUUUGUACCUAUAGUCCGCAGUACGACUAGUUGAGUUAUUUGUGUAAAACCGCAUCAGGAUUUUAGUUUUUUUUUUUUUUUGUACACUGAGAAAACGUCCUACUGCCAUAUAGCCGGUGUAAAGGUCAGAGAGUCGUUCGAGCGUAAUAAUUUUGAUUAAACGAAAAGUUGUUAAAAAAUUGUACGACAAAAAAACUAAGAUUCAUUGUAAUUUUUCAUAAUGCAUGCUCGUUAUUUAAGUGUAAUUUUCGUCGCGAACGAUUCGCCGUGUACAACGUAUAUAACGUAUAGCGUUGUACAACCUUCAAAGGCUGCAAUAUUUUUCAUUCGGUUGUCGAAAUUUGUCGGUGAUCCGACGACUCCGAAAAUGUAAUUCAAUUGCAAUUUACGCGCAUUUGCCGGCUUGUUAACGGACUGUCGGUGGAUUAUUUCUUCUGAAAGGUUUCAAUGGGAAAGUAGAGUUACAGUUCUAAAACUGCCGACUUUUUAAGUAACGGAAAAUUUCUUUUGUUUUUAAUUCUCUGACUGGUGUGUGUCUCGAUGAUGGCAGAUACUUAAAUGAAGCAUUUACUAGAUCUCGAUCAGUAUAUACGUAACUGACAAAGCCAAUUAUUUUUUCUUUACCGCUCGCAGUUUACAUAGUUUAUUUAAAUUGUUUUUUGAUAUUCCGUUGGGUUUUACGAAAAAAAUUUUAUUUUUACAAUAUGUGCUUUUUAGAAAAAAUGUCCCAAACUAAAGAAGUGCAAUAAAAAAAGGGUGGGAAACGCGGCUCUCCACCGACGGUCCUUAACAGAAUUGCGCCUUCGAUAAGAGAAAAAAAUCUAAGAAAACAAAAACAAAUAAAAAAAAAAAUGCGUUUAACGAUGCGUUUUUUCGUGAUAUGCAUUGCAAAAUGUUAAAAAAAAUGCACAUAUACAUUUAAAAGAAAACUUGCGCGUGUGAGAGCGGAAACGAGUGAGAGAGGUGAUCGUGUGAGUGAAAGCGAGUAGUAUACACUGAGUGACUUUACUUUGGCCGAUUUCAGCGAACUUUGUGCGCGCGGAACAAGUGUGUCUACCAACGUCGGAGAUAAGCGGGCCAAAGCCUGUGAAAUGUAAAUAUAUAAAAAAUAAAAACGAGAGUGACGCGAUACGGGAGAAGAAACGAAUGAAAAAUUUGUCACAAAUUGCGCUUUGUGAACUAAAACACAAAAAAAAAAAAAGAAGAUUAUUGAAUAAAGGACACCGUGUUCUUGUUUGUUCCUCCAUUUGCUCAUGCCGCUAGGUAUAUCUGUAUCAUUAUGUACCUGUAAAUAUUAAUAAAUUAAUGAUAUACUCUGCAAAAA